GGACAUCUCACAGUCAUGUGUCUGAGACUUCGCCUCUCUUCUAGACUUUUGGCAGCAUUCCUGAAUCAGAAGUACACCCUCAAAGAUAUCCCGUUGUGUUUCUGAAGUAGCCUACGGUGCUUCCUGUCUUUGAAGGUAUGGAAGGAAGAUCCCUGUCCAAGCGAGUGUAGGGAGGACAUGUAAUUGGGUCAUGCUAAAGGUUAAUGAACUCUGCCAAAAGGGACAGAAGUUAAGAUGGUGUCUGGAAUGGUUGAGUUCUGUAUGUGGAAUGAGGGGGGCUCGGGAAAAGGUCGUGACCCUAGAAUUACUGUGCCUCUGCGGAUGACAAAGACCCCCAUUCAGCCACAGUCACCUGGGCCUAGAUCUGCGAAAGAGGCCCUUGAGGUAGUGGUCCUUUAAAGUAAAAGUGAAGGUGCAUCCAAUGGGCAGCCCAGGCCACGCAGGUCAGAGGAGGAACUUAAAAAAGUCCCUGGGAGAGUGAUGCUGCUGCCGGAUGAAGGGGAGGGGAGGGCAUCAGGUUUCAGCUUCACAGGGGGUCAGGGGGAAGGACUGGCAUCUCUGAAUAUACCAAGAUCCAUAGAAGGCACAGUGGACAUAAAACCGCGGUGCUUGCCCUGACGCGGUGGGUGCAGAGUGCCAGCCGGGGCCCCUUUUCUUUUUGGAUUUCUCUUAGGUUUGGGAGAUCGGUCCAUGGUCCCUUAAGUCUCUGGAUCCCCCACCACACUCCACUGACUGACCAUCGCCUGGGCUCAGCUCCCCUCAACUUCUUACCCUGAGCUAUUGCAUGUCUAAUAUUUAGACAUGUUUGGCUUUGUGGAUUCACGGACUCUCCUGCUACUUGUAGCAUCCCAAGUCGUUUUACUAUCUGUGGUGAGAUGUCAAGGGAUUGACCAGAUAACAGGCGGCUGCAGUCAGGACGGACAGCAGUACAAUGAUAAAGAUGUGUGGAAGCCAGAGCCGUGUCGUAUUUGUGUGUGCGACAGCGGAGCGGUGCUUUGCGAUGAGAUUAUCUGUGAAGACAUCAAAGAGUGCGCCAAUCCUAUCAUCCCAUCUGGAGAGUGCUGCCCCAUCUGCCCCGCUGAUGAAACUGCACCUAUUGUUGGUGCUAAGGGCCAAAAGGGUGAACCAGGAGACAUUGCAGAUAUUAUAGGACCAAGAGGACCACCAGGACCACAAGGCCCUAUUGGCGACCAAGGACCACGAGGCGAACCUGGACCAAAAGGUGAUAUGGGACUUCCCGGACCCCGAGGAAGAGAUGGAGAGCCUGGCAUACCCGGAAACCCUGGACCACGCGGACCACCCGGACCACCCGGACCACAAGGACUUGGAGGGGCCUUUGCUGCUCAGAUGGCUGGAGGAUUUGAUGAGAAGGCUGGAGGUGCUCAGAUGGGCGUGAUGCAAGGACCAAUGGGACCUAUGGGACCACGUGGACCCCCUGGACCUACUGGAGCUCCUGGACCUCAGGGUUUCCAAGGUGCCCCUGGUGAAACUGGAGAGCCCGGACCUGCUGGACCAAUGGGACCCCGUGGACCACCUGGACCAUCUGGAAAACCAGGAAGUGAUGGUGAGGCUGGAAAACCUGGCAAAGCUGGUGAGCGUGGACCUGCAGGACCACAGGGAGCUCGUGGAUUCCCUGGAACUCCUGGACUUCCUGGAAUCAAAGGACACAGAGGUCACCCCGGUUUGGACGGCGCAAAGGGAGAAGAUGGUGCUGCUGGAGCCAAGGGAGAGACUGGUGCUGCUGGAGAGAAUGGAGCCCCUGGCCCAAUGGGCCCUCGUGGUCUGCCUGGUGAGAGGGGACGUCCUGGAGCCGCUGGAGCUGCUGGUGCCCGUGGAAAUGAUGGCCUGCCUGGUCCUGCUGGUCCACCUGGGCCUGUUGGUCCUGCUGGAGCACCCGGUUUCCCAGGAUCCCCAGGAGCUAAGGGAGAAGCUGGCCCUACUGGUGCCCGUGGAGCUGAGGGAGCACAGGGACCCAGAGGAGAGGCUGGUACCCCCGGAUCUCCUGGACCUGCUGGAGCAUCUGGAAACCCUGGUACUGAUGGUAUUCCUGGAGCUAAAGGGUCUGCUGGUGCCCCUGGUAUUGCUGGAGCCCCCGGUUUCCCUGGUCCUCGUGGCCCACCUGGACCUCAGGGAGCCACUGGACCUCUGGGACCAAAGGGACAGUCUGGAGAGCCUGGUCUUGCUGGAUUGAAAGGUGAAGCUGGUCCCAAAGGAGAGCUUGGUCCUGCUGGUCCUCAAGGUCCCCCUGGUCCUGCUGGAGAAGAGGGAAAGAGAGGAGCCAGAGGAGAGCCUGGAGCAGCCGGUCCCCUCGGACCUCCUGGAGAGAGAGGAGCUCCUGGUAACCGUGGUUUCCCAGGUCAGGAUGGUCUUGCUGGUGCUAAGGGUGCCCCUGGUGACCGUGGUGUUGCUGGAGCUGCUGGACCCAAGGGUGCUACUGGAGACCCCGGCCGCACAGGAGAGCCUGGCCUCCCCGGAGCAAGAGGUCUCACUGGACGUCCUGGAGAUGCUGGUCCUCAGGGCAAAGUUGGACCUGCUGGAGCUCCUGGUGAAGAUGGCCGCCCCGGUCCUCCUGGUCCUCUGGGAGCUCGUGGACAGCCCGGAGUUAUGGGAUUCCCUGGACCCAAAGGAGCCAAUGGUGAACCUGGAAAACCUGGUGAGAAGGGUCUUGUGGGUCGCCCUGGUCUGAGAGGUCUGGCUGGAAAAGAUGGAGAGACUGGCCCCACUGGACCUCCCGGCCCUGCUGGACCUGCUGGAGAGAGAGGAGAGCAAGGACAACCUGGACCCCCUGGUUUCCAGGGUCUGCCUGGUCCUACUGGAGCUCCUGGAGAGAGUGGAAAACCUGGAGACCAGGGUCUUCCUGGAGAGGGCGGUGCUCCUGGUGCUGUUGGAGCUAGAGGUGAGCGUGGUUUCCCUGGUGAGAGGGGUGGAGCUGGACCUCAGGGUCUGCAGGGACCUCGUGGACUUCCUGGAACUCCUGGAACUGAUGGACCCAAGGGAGCUAUUGGACCGGCUGGUGCUCAAGGCGCUCAGGGCCCUCCUGGUCUGCAGGGCAUGCCCGGAGAGAGAGGAGCUGGUGGCAUCCCAGGACCCAAAGGAGACAGAGGAGACAAUGGUGCAAAGGGACCUGAGGGAGCUCCUGGAAAGGAUGGUGCUAGAGGUUUGACUGGACCUAUUGGUCCUCCUGGUCCAUCUGGUCCUAAUGGCGCUAAGGGUGAGACUGGACCUAGUGGCCCGAAUGGUGCUCCCGGAGCUCGUGGUGCCCCUGGUGACCGUGGUGAGGUUGGUCCUCCUGGCCCUGCUGGCUUUGCUGGACCUCCUGGUGCAGAUGGUCAGCCUGGAGCCAAAGGAGAAGUGGGAGAGGCUGGACAGAAGGGAGAGGCUGGUGCCCCUGGACCUCAGGGACCCUCUGGAGCUCCUGGACCUGUUGGACCCACUGGUGUAUCUGGACCUAAAGGAGCUCGUGGUGCUCAGGGCGCUCCUGGUGCUACUGGUUUCCCUGGUGCUGCUGGAAGAGUUGGAGCUCCUGGACCUAAUGGCAACCCAGGACCUGUUGGGCCUCCUGGUCCCGGUGGUAAAGACGGACCUAAAGGCGCUCGUGGUGAUGCCGGACCCCCAGGACGACAGGGAGAUGCUGGUCUGCGCGGCCCACCCGGAGCUCAGGGAGAGAAGGGAGAGGCAGGAGAGGAUGGACCCCCUGGCGCUGAUGGACCUGCAGGACCUCAGGGUUUGGCUGGAUCUCGUGGUAUUGUGGGUUUGCCUGGACAGCGUGGAGAGAGAGGCUUCCCUGGUCUGCCUGGACCUUCUGGUGAGCCUGGGAAACAGGGAGCCCCAGGAGGUGCUGGAGACCGUGGACCCCCUGGACCUGUUGGACCCCCUGGACUCACCGGACCUGCUGGAGAGCCUGGCAGAGAGGGAAAUCCUGGAUCAGAUGGACCCCCUGGCAGAGAUGGAGCUACAGGAGUCAAGGGAGAGCGCGGUAACACUGGACCUGCUGGAGCUCCUGGUGCCCCUGGAGCCCCCGGCGCCCCAGGACCUGUAGGACCUUUGGGAAAACAGGGAGACAGAGGAGAGGCUGGAGCUCAAGGACCUGCUGGACCCCCUGGACCUGCUGGAGCUAGAGGCAUGGCUGGACCCCAAGGACCCCGUGGAGACAAGGGUGAGGCUGGAGAGGCUGGAGAGAGAGGACAGAAGGGUCACCGUGGGUUCACCGGUCUACAGGGUCUGCCUGGACCUCCUGGCCCCGCUGGAGAUGCUGGAGCUGCUGGACCUGCCGGACCAAGUGGAGCUAAGGGCCCUGCCGGACCUGCUGGACCUGCUGGUAAAGAUGGAACUAACGGACAGCCUGGCCCCAUCGGACCCCCUGGACCCCGCGGUCGCUCUGGAGAGUCUGGUCCUGCUGGUCCUCCUGGUAACCCUGGACCCCCUGGACCUCCCGGACCUCCUGGCCCUGGCAUUGACAUGUCUGCUUUCGCUGGUCUGGGUCAGACUGAGAAGUCUCCUGAUCCUCUGAGGUACAUGAGGGCUGAUGAGGCUUCCACCUCCCUCCGGCAGCACGAUGUUGAGGUGGACUCCACUCUCAAAUCCCUCAACAACCAGAUCGAAAACCUGCGCAGCCCCGAUGGCACCCAGAAGAACCCAUCCCGCUCCUGCAGAGAUCUGAAGCUGUGCCACCCCGAGUGGAAGAGCGGUGAAUACUGGAUUGAUCCUAACCUGGGCAGCACAGCUGAUGCCAUCAAAGCCUUCUGCAACAUGGAGACUGGAGAGACCUGUGUCUACCCGACUAUUGCCAGUCUACCAAAGAAGAACUGGUGGACUGCCAAGAGCAAGGAACACAAGCACAUCUGGUUUGGAGAUAUGAAUGGAGGAUUCCAGUUCAGCUACGCUCAGAACAGCCCCUUCGCCACCGUGCAGCUCAACUUCUUGAGGCUGUUGUCGACUGAAGCAUCUCAGAACGUCACGUACCACUGCAAGAACAGCAUCGCCUACAUGGACCAGGCCUCAGGAAACCUGAAGAAGGCUCUGUUGCUCGGAGGCUCCAACGAGGUGGAGAUCCGCGCAGAGGGCAACAGCCGCUUCACCUACAGCGUGCUGGAGGACGGCUGCAAGAGACACACAGGCCGGUGGGGCAAGACUGUCUUUGAGUACAAAACAACAAAGACCUCUCGUCUGCCAAUUCUGGACAUUGCUCCUCGAGACAUCGGAGGAGCCGAUCAGGAGUUUGGUGUGGAUCUAGGUGCAGUCUGCUUCUUGUAAAGUGAAAGAUCACAAGCCCCUCCCCAGACAAAAAUACAGGAAAAAGAUAAGCUCCACCAUGAACUAUUAAACUACAUUUCGACAAUAAAGGAGACUGGAAACUCUAAAGAAAAUUGAUACUUUUUCUGUCAAAACGAAGUGCUCUCCAAGUUGUACUCCCUGGAUGUUAGCACUGAAGGGCACCGGCAAUAUCUGUACAUUAAACACCAUUCUCUGUCGACCUACUUCCUGAGAUCCAGUCAUGUUUCCCAUGGCAACUGUUGACGGGAAUGAGCCAGAGGAAGAAGAGGGACCAGGAGGAGUCACUGAUUGGAGAAACAUGACUUGAUGUCACUUAUUUAUUGUCUAACAUGAACAGGCAGAGUUGAGGUAGGACUGGACAGGUACAUUUUGUAAGUAAGCCACGCCCCUUUUCCACUACAAGACCACAGCACCGCCUCUGGACCUGUCCUACCCCAGCUCCCUCCCUCCCUGUGUUACUCCUCACAUAAAAAUGGCAGAAAUCCAAAAGAAGGCCUUAAAUGUGUAUGAUAAACCCUGUUCUGUUGUUGUAAAGGUGCGUGUUUAUAAGCAGCCAGAUUGUUAUUUGUGUCUAUAUGCACACCAACACUUUUUUAUGAAAGUGAGGUCUCAUUGGGAUGUAUGUUUCAACUGCUUAGAAUAAGACAUUGUUACCCAGUUCCCAAGCAAAUUUAGAUUGUAAAAUAAUUAGAGACAUUUUGCUGUUUUAAACCUUUAUCCUUUUAAAUGCUACCUCACGCUUAAAAUCAAAGUGAAUUUCAUCCAAAAAAUUUGCCUUAAAGUGAAUUCGGCGGCUGCUAUGCCAGCUUUGCUUUGGGUUGCUCACUUUCGCAUUUCUAAAGGUGCUAUGAAUUCAUUUUCCCUCCUUAACCCUUCUCUCCUGUGUCCCACUAGCCUCACAUCUUACACGGACACUCCACUCUGGACCAGAAGGGGGCGCACUUUGCUAACUAAGAGGGAGGGGUAUGUUAAAUUGCAUUACUUUUGCUGUCCAAAACUGGUUAUGGGAAUUGGAGCAAACUAGGGUGGGGUGUCUGUGUUUGUGUGAGGGCGUGUACAUUUUUUAAUUAAUUUUAUUAUGGUAUUUUUGUUUUUAUUUUGUUACACUUCUAUUUGAUGUAAAUUGGAAAUAAAAGGAAAACACAACUUAGCAGGAUGUUGAUUUUUUGAAUAAAACAGAUUUGGCGUGGGGACAUA